AUGCAGCAGUGUUUAGAGUCUCUGGUCCGACUGCUGGAGUCCUACAGAGGAAGAGAUAAAGCCAUCAGGACCGUCUGUUACGGCUCGCAGCUUGUUGGAGGUGUUCUGACCCUGAAGACAAAUGUUUCCUCCCAGCAACUUGGGAAAAGUUUACUGCUGUUUUCCGCUCAGCUCAGCCACUGCAGGACGGUGCUGAGACUGUUCGAUGAUCUCUCCAUGCUGGCGUACUCCCACGGCUAUGGGUUUGGUGCUUCGGAGGAGGAUGCAGGCGUUCGCUGGAUAUCAGUACUGACGAAUGUGGCUGACCAGCUCUACUACCCGUGUGAACACAUGGCCUGGGCCGCUGACGCUGAGCUCAUCAAAGCGAGGUCUGAUAAGUGGUGGUUGUUCAGCACGGUGCUGUGGGGAACUUCACUGCUGCUGGGGAUCCUCAGAUCUCUUCGAGUUCUGGUGCUGCUGAGGAGGAAGUUAAAGAAAUACGAGAAGGACGGAGGAGGCAGCAGACACUCUCAGCUCUGCAGGCAGAUGCAAGGGGAGCUGCUCUCCAUCCUCAGCAGCACCGCUGACCUCAGCAACGCCGUUCACUGGAUGCCGCCCGGCUUCCUUUGGGCGGGACGAUUCCCCAGCUGGCUGGUUGGUUUGCUGGGCACCGUCUCCUCUCUGAUUGGUUUGAUUCAGAUGAACAGCAGCGACAGUGAGCAGUCAGACAGCGCAGAGUCCUCGUCACAGUGAAGGAGAGACGUGACCAACAAACUGAAA